CCUGCCCAUAGAAAAAAAAUAAAAUAGAAAAGUGAAUAGGUUAAGUUAUCUGGGUAAAAUGAUCAGAGUAUGUGCAUUAAGAAUACAGAUCUCAAGUUCUCUCUGGCUGUUUAUAUGCUCCUGAAGUCUGCUUGGAGUUUUUGGUGCUACAAUAACUGGAUCAGAUGAUUGUGCUUUUUUUUGUUACAGAAAAUACAUUUGCUGAUAGGAUCAUAUAGAAUAAUCUCUUAUAAAUUAUACUAUAACAGAUCUUUACUUAACAGAUAAACCACAUUGUCUGUUUCAGCUAACCAUGUCUUUAAAUUCAUCUACAAUUCUAAAUGAAGAAAACCCUCAAGGACCAAAAAGAAAUAUUGCAUGUUUGGGAAGUCUAGAACUGCAGACUCCAUCAUCAUUUCAAGAUAACCCGCUUCAAAAAUUACAGUUAGCAUCACAGGAAGUACUUGAAAAGGCAAAAAAAAGUGGGAGAUCAAAAUGCCCACGAUGCAGUAGUUCAAGGAUGUUUUAUUGUUAUACAUGCUUUGUUCCUGUUGAAACUGUCCCUACCACAGAAAUUCCAACAGUGAAGUUACCUUUGAAGAUUGACAUUAUUAAACACCCAAAUGAAACUGAUGGCAAGAGCACUGCUGUGCAUGCUAAGCUCCUGGCACCUGAUGAUGUUACAAUUUACAAGUACCCUUGCAUUCCAGAAUACAAAGAAAAAAGACAUGAAGUAGCACUUAUCUUUCCUGGCCCCAGUUCAGUCUCAGUAAAAGACAUCGCUUUCCAUCUCCAAAAAUACUCCAGGAAAGGCGUUUGUGAUGAAGACGAUGACUGCUCCAAAGAGCCAUUUCUUAAGAAAGCAAGAAUAGAGCCUAAAGAAGAAAAAGAUUUAAAUGAAUGCAUCUCAAGCAAUGUGAAUGAAUGCAAUAAACUGAAGAAAAUAAUAUUUAUUGACAGUACCUGGAAUCAAACUAACAAAAUAAUAACUGAUGAAAGACUUCAAGGGUUACUACAAAUUGAGUUGAAAACAAGGAAAACUUGCUUUUGGCGUCAUCAGAAAGGAAAGCCAGAUACAUACCUUUCCACAAUAGAAGCAAUUUAUUAUUUCUUCGUAGAUUAUCACCAAGAGAUUUUGAAAGAGAGCUACAAAGGACAAUAUGAUAAUCUGCUUUUUUUCUUUUCAUUUAUGUACAAGUUGAUUAAAAAUGCCAAGUGUGGCGCAGGAAAGGAAUAAACUGUCUGCCUGUAGGUAACAACCUUUUAUUUUCUUUUGUAACGAUGAUCUAUCGUAAUAAUGUAAUUCUACCUAACUGAAAUCUGGAAACAGAUGGUCAUGGCUAAGGCUUUUCCUCUAAAAGUAACCUUGUGUAUGCAUGACAUGCACACAUAAGGCUGCAGAACUACUCAGAUGAGCAGGUCUGAUGUAAAUUAUCUAUUUGAAAAAAAUUAAAGGUUUACUAAAUACUGUACUGUAGUAUUUGAACCUGAUCUGCUAAUCACAAUGAAUUUCUUCAGGUGGGGAUUGGAGGAGUUGGCCCUCAUCCCGUAUGGAUCUCUCUAGCUCUAAAAAAGGAAUUUGCAUGCUAGCUUCUGUUAUUAUUUAUGUUUUGGAUGUUUCGUAUGUUUUAUCUGGUAAGAUUGAUUUCAGUUGCAUGACUUCAAAAACUUACUGAAGUUAUUAGGACGGUAUUUAAUAGAGGAUUGGGGACAACAGUAAAUGAAAAGCCACAUUGAGUAAAUGGAGUAUAAAUUACAUACUUGAUGAUUGAUUCUAGAAAAUUGUCCUUGUAAUAGAAAAAAGACAUUUCUUUAAACAUCAUUGUACAGUGCAUGAUUUCUGUAGUACCAUUCACGUACUGUUGGUUUAAAAUUAUUCUCGAUUUCCUGGAUAAUUGUAGACUUCUUCAAACAGAAUUCAGGUGUUUAUGUAAGAUUGUUUUUAUUUUGGGGAGCACUCACUUCUAUCAUUAUGGCAUAUCAUAGUAAAAUUUUGUAGAUGUAUUUUCUUGUAUUCUAAGCAGCAGAAAGGGCUCAUUGCACACUUGGAGCUAUCUGAAAAUGUAGAUCUUUUUUCAGGAACUAAGCUAAAAAUACAGAGACAAGAAAUAUGAUAGAUUGUGGUUCUGACCUCAGCGUUCCUGACAGGACUUCCUUAAAUUAGGCAGACUGUGAAUCUACUGUUAUUUCUUCUGCAGCAUUGUGCAGAUUUGCAUGGCAUAAAUAAGACUUCGUCUUCUUGCUGGUAUGCGCAGCACUGCUGGCAGAGUCAUCAUGUGUGAGUGUAAUUCUGUGUGUGCCUUUGCCAAGCUCUAGCAGUAAAGGUAGCGCUGGCAGAGAUACUGGAUCUGUUAUUUUACAAGCAGAAUUGUACAAAUCUAUUUUUAUCAUACUAGGUUGUUCUGCCAAAUAAAAUUAUGUUGGUAAAAAA